AUGGCAGCUUCAGGAUCAGACCGAGACUCUGGUAACAACGCAAUACACCACAAGACCCUAGCGGAAUCGAAAUUCAACAGCGGCUACUUGACUUCAGCUCUGAAUCACGCGCGUAAAGCUCUCGCCUUGUUUCCGGACACGGAAGGUGUAUCCUCCAUGGUCACCGCCUCCGACGGAGAUACGCCGGAGUGGUACAAGAUUCUAAAGGUAGAGCCUUUCUCUAGCAUCGAUACGAUAAAGGAACAGUAUAGGAAGCUAGCUUUGGUGUUGCGUCCUGAUGAGAAUCCGUAUGUGGGGUGUGAGGAAGGGUUUAGGCUUGUGAAUGAGGCUUUUGAGGUUUUGUCUGAUAAGGUUAGGAGGAGUGAGUAUGAUAUGAAGUUGAGGAUUAGGAUUCAGAGUGAGUUUGGUGCUUGUGAUGGUGAAACGUCGACGGUUUCGAAUGGAGCUUGUUCUUCCAAGAUUAUAACUUAUACUAGGAGGAGGAAGCGUGUUGGUGAGGGUGGUGAGAGCUUGAGAAGAGGGAGUGAGGGAGGGGAGACGAGAGAGGAGGAAGAAGAAGCUUUAGAUAGACAUGAGAGAUUGGAUGAAGAAGAUGAAGGGAUGAUGACUCUAGCUGAAAUGCAAUCAGUUUUGAAGAGAAAGAAACCGAAGGUGAAGUUGAAGAUCACUGAGGAAAAUAGCACUAGAGUCUCUAGAGAAGAACAUGAGAUAUCUUCCGGUGAUGAAGCUUUGAUGGAGAUGAGCAUUAACAAGGAGAAAGAACCUUUAAAGAAUAAGAGUGGUACAAAGAAGAAGAAGACGAACCACAAGGAGUUAAGUGAGGUAGUGGACUUAGAAUACGUCCCACGGGUUGAUAGGAAGAGAGAUUGUGGUAAGUUGAACCAAGAAAACUACAUGGGAGACGAGGAUCUUGAAUUGUAUGAUUUUGGUAAAGACAGGAUGCCUAGAAGCUUCAAGAAAGGGCAGGUUUGGGCGGUGUACGAUGGUGGUGAUGAUGACAGAAUGCCUCGGAGUUACUGUUUGGUUAGUGAAGUCGUCUCUUUGAACCCUUUUAAGGUAUGGAUGAGCUGGUUAGAUUUUGAGAGGGAGAAACUGAUCUCUUGGGUGAAGAUCAGUUCUUGUGGGAGGUUCAGGGUUUCAGAGAAAGCUUUGGUUGAACAAGUGAAACCCUUCUCUCACGUUGUCAACUGCGAGAGGGUUGCACGAGAAGUAUACCAGAUAUAUCCUAGGAAAGGCUCGGUCUGGGCUGUUUACUCUGAGAUAAACUCAGGUCUUCAGAGGAGAAAGACCAGACGCUAUGAGAUUGUUGUGUGUUUGACUAUGUAUAGCGAUGCGUAUGGCUUGAGUGUAGCCUAUUUGGAGAAGGUUAACGAGGAGUCUAGCAACUUGUUCAAGAGACGGGAUUACGGGUGUAAUGCGGUCAGGUGGGUUGAGAAAGAUGAUGUUGCGGCCUUGCUCUCUCAUCAGAUUCCGGCUAAGAAGCUGCCGGAAGAUCAAGCUGGAGCUGGUUCGAGAGAGUCUUGGGUGCUUGAUCUUGCUUCUGUUCCUCCUGAUUUGGUUGCUGCCACUUAGUAAACAUAGAGAGGUGUUAGUCAUGAGGUCUCACGCCCUCCUGUGCUUUUUGAGUACGUAAGAAGGAAGAAGAUGACUCAGCAGAACGAGGUGGGAGAGGGCAGUGACGUGUCCAAGUAAGCACGUGCAAGGGGAAGUCACGUGAAGAGUACGGAGGAGAGGAAUAAGGAAUAAUCGUUGGUGAGCUGGAGAUCUUGCCCAACGGCCCACGUGACAUGUUGGGAUUGCUAGUAGUCGGUUAUUGUCGUUUAUUUAAGGAGAGAGGAUUGUAUUGUGAGAGGCAUCAAGAGAUUUGAUCAGUCUUGUAAAGGGAGUAGAGAGAUCCCUAUAGAAAAGUCUCUCUAGUCCUGUAAACCUUUUUUUCGAAUCUAUACAAUCUCUGU